GGACGAGGAGAUCUCGUCGUAUUUGUAGUACUAGACCAGCACCAUGACAGCAGACGACUGUGUCCAAGUUUGUGUGCGCAUCCGACCGACGAGCAAGAAGGAAAAGGUCGAGGCGGCGAUCGCGGCCAACAACUGCGUCCGCGUGCCCGCCAGCCCCAUCCCUACGCAGCUUGUGGUGGGGAAGGACCGGCCGUUUACAUUUGACCGCAUCCACACUGUGGACACGACCCAAGAGGCGCUGUACGCCGCGUCGGUGACGUCGCUCGUCGAGGGGUUUGUCGAGGGAUACAACGCCACCGUGCUCGCGUACGGCCAAACGGGCACGGGGAAGACGUUUACGAUGACGGGGGGGGCUGCCUACAGCACCAAAAUCCAGGACGCCCACGGCGUGAUCCCCCGGGCGGUAUGUCACGUGUUUGCGCUCAUGCAGGCCCGCCACGAAGCAACCGAGUGCCUCUUGCGCGUGGAAUACCUCGAGAUUUACAACGAAGAGCUACGCGAUUUGCUGCACCCAGAGACGUCGUCCAAGAACUUGUCGAUUCGAGAAGACGCCGACGGACACAUUGUGGUCACGGGCGCGAAAUCGCAAGCGGUGCAAAGCCCCGACGACGUCAUGCGGCUGCUGUCGAUGGGGUCGGCGGCGCGGGUGACGGGAAGCACGCAGAUGAACGAGCAAUCGUCCCGGUCACACGCCAUCUUUACGCUCGUGCUGCAGCAAAAGGCCCGCGACUCGGGAGAGCUCACACACGCCAAGUUCCAUUUAGUGGAUUUGGCAGGGUCGGAGCGGGCCAAGCGGACGGGGGCGGUCGGGGGGCGCUUCAAGGAAUCGGUCAACAUCAACCAAGGGCUGUUGGCGCUGGGCAAUGUCAUUUCCGCACUAGGCGACGACGCCAAGAAGAAGAAUUCGCAUGUUCCGUACCGUGACUCCAAGCUGACGCGGCUGCUGCAGGACUCCCUCGGCGGGAACUCCAAGACACUCAUGAUUGCGUGCGUGAGCCCCGUGGCCGCCAACUUUGACGAGACGCUCAACACACUCAAGUAUGCCAACCGCGCCAAGAACAUCAAGAACCGACCCGUGGUGAACCAUGUCAAGGAGGCCGACACGAACGACACCAUCUUGCGUAUGAAGCAAGAGAUCGAACUGCUCCAACGGCAACUGGGCACUCCCCCAACACCCGUCGUGGCCGUCCCAGUCGACAACCAGCAGUCCCAUCACGAGCAACUUGAAGCCGCGUGGACGGCCAAAGUGAACGCGUUGCAGUGUGUGAUUCAGUCGGCCAAGGUCGCGGCGAAACAAGGAGCGACGGCGCUGGUGGCCUUGGAGCGGGACAUCAAGUCCCUCGGACGACCGAUUCAACAACGCCUGAACGACGUGGUCAAGGUGCUCAACGGCAUUGUCGUCCUGCAGCACGACAACUCAUCGUCGUCCGAAUUGGGAUUGAUCAUUGACGCAAGCGAUACCGUCCCGACCAACAACAACCAGCCUCCUCAUCGUCAUUCCAGAGAGUUUCAUGCAGAAAUCAACGCCCUCCACGAAAAGCUCAAACAAGACGUCGAGAUUUUCGAGCUCAAAAGCCAAGAAAUGGACCAGUUUCAACGCCAACUGGCGUGUGCCCACGUCGAAAUCGAGUCGUUGCGGGCAUUAAACCAACAGCUCCAACGAGAUGCGGCUGCAAAGGUCCCUGCUGCGGGGAUGGGGUCGCCGACUCGACCAAGUGUGGAGGCUGGACCCGAACGAAAGUCGCAGAGCUUGUUUGCCAGACGCCACCAUGGCGCCCACGACGAUGACGACGGCGACAACGUGUUGAUGGCAGAACCAGAAGUGUCCGCCGAGACUACCACGACCAUUCUCAACUUGCAACAAGAAAUUGUGGCCUUGAAAACAGACUUAGCGAAAGCCAAGUCGACUAAUAAUGACAUCGGUGGUGGCGGCGGUGUGCUAUUCACAACCACCCCACCACCACCCAUGAAGCCAAAUGAAUCGCAUAUUCCCGUGACACGAGCGCAGACGGCCAAGCUUCCACGGAGCGCGCCGCUUCCACUCCAUUCGGUAGCAGCGCUCCCCCCGCCGCCAAAAACGGCAGACCCGUCGGCCGCCCCGCUGGACAAGACGGCGAUCCGCGCCAUGUUCCAAACGCAGUUGUUGGCCGCUGUGGAGAGUCACGUCAAGCAAGCGCAGGUUGCCACCAUGUUACAUGCCAAGGAGGCUACUGCCAAGGAGAAAGACGAGAUCGCACGGCGCAAGCAUGGCCUUGAAAUGGAAAAAAUGCGACAAAGUUUGUCGGUGCAGUCGAGCAUCACCGACUUGUCCGAGACCAUUCACGCCAUGAACUGCAAACUGAACAUGGCGGCGGCGCCAGACCCGGACGAACUGGCCCGACUCAAGCGCAGAAAAGAGCGCGCCGAGAAGAAACUCGCGCUGUUUGUACAAAAGAUGGAAACGCAGUCGUACGUGGACCCGGCCGUGCAAGACGAAUUGACGGCGUUGGAGGAGCAAAUCGAAGACUUGACGUCGCAGAUUUUAUUCCAAGACUCGCAGCUGGAAUCCGCCCAAGCGCUGAUGGUGCCUUCGAAAGCGUCGAAUAUCGAUCACUUGCUCAAGCACGUGGCAAGCUCUGGUGCCACCAUCGACAGGACACUCAAAACUUGGAUCAAAAUGUGCUGGACAGAGUUGGUGGACGUGUGUGUGCAGAUGAAAGCGGUACAGAUGACGUUGCAACUCCAAGACGAAAUGGUCGCGCAACUCACCCAGAAUCGCGAGCAGUUGGAGAACGGGCUGCAUGCCGCCAGAGCCGAGUACGAUCGACGACUCAUGCAGAGCGAACUUCUCCAAACCAACGACAAGAAACAAAUGGACGAGCUCAUGGUGCUGCUGGCGGACAAACAAUGCCAGAUCGAUGCACUCAACGCGGCUGAAAAGACGUCAUCGAGCGACGCCAAGACCCUCGCCGACUUGAACCACCUCGUCACUGCCCGUCAAAAUGAGCUGGACCAGCUCAAGAAACGGUUGGUCGAGGCUGACAAAGACAAAAAGCGCUUGGUCGAGUACGACCGGUACGUAUCGGAGCGGCAAGUGGAAUGGGAAUCCAAGCAUGCGCAGCUUCAGCAAGCCCUAGAAGGGGAGCGCCACAACGCUCAAGUUACUAUCGAUGCCUUGAUGCAGCAGGUCGCUGCAGCCCAGACUCUCGCGGCGAGUACUCCAACGGGGUCGGAAGAGCUAAUGGGGUUGAAGGAUAAGCUCCAGACCCAGCAAGAGUAUGUGGUGAGCUUGGAGAAGCACGUGGUGCUGUUCAAGAACAAGGCGAAACAGGCCCAGCAGCAGCUGCAGCAACUCAUUCGCGACUCGUCUGGAAACCAGAGCAGCGACGACGACAACCCGCGCAUCAAACAGCUGGAGGAUGUGAACGACUGCUUGAUGAAAGAGAAUGCCGCCAUGAAGGUGCAUAUGCGGGCGAUGAAAGGCGCCGAGCCGUCCGAGCCCCAUGUCCGUGUACGCAUUCCAAAGGCGGAAUUGAAAGAGAUCGACGGACCAACCGACGCGGUUGCACGACCCAGAGAGCAGCAAUAAAGCGCCCAUCAAGUCCCCAAGCCAAUGUUUCAACUGCAUAAAUGAGUGAAUGCUAUUUUGGUCUAAACAGCUUUACACUUCAAUUUAUAUAUGUACGGCUCGUAUUGC